AUGAUUCGACUGGGAGAAUUUGGAGAGUUACAUGAAAAAGCCAGUGAAGCAGGGUCUACAAAUGCUGGAGCGCUGUCAUACAUUUCUCCUGAGAUACUGGAAGGAAAAACAUACGAUGAAAAAAGUGAUAUUUGGGCUUUGGGAUGUGUCCUGUAUGAGCUCUGCAUGCUGAAAUGUGCUUUCAGUGCAGCGAGCACCGUGAAGCUCAUUCCCAAGAUAUUAAAUGGAUCUUACCCACCUCUACCACACCACAUCUCACAUAAUCUUCAGCAGCUAAUAGAGGAGACCCUCCAGACAGAUCCAGGAAAACGACCACACGCUCGAGAAAUUUUAGGGAAGCCUUUUGUCCUUAGUUUUCUUACAGCGAGGAGUGAGAAAAGUACUGAAGAGCUAAAUGAAAACCUGGUGAAGUUGAGAGCAUUGGCUGAUGGGUUGGAGAAGGUUCAUUAUGGAGCAACUGUUGGCAGUCUGACAGGAGGAGUGAUUGGAGCAGCUGGUGGAAUCACUUCAAUAGUGGGAGCGAUCCUUGCUCCCUUCACUUUGGGUGCAUCUCUAAUCGUUACAGGAGUAGGUAUUGGGGUGGCAGUUGCUGGUGGCGCGACUGCUGGUAUUUCCAACAUCACUAACAUGGUCAACCAGUCUACAGACCGCAAAAACAUCAGGAACAUCAUCUUGGAAUUUCAGGAAAAGAUGAACUCUGUGGUCACAUGUUUGCAGCACAUCGCAGAAGGCUUGCAGGAGCUAACAAGGCAAAUUUCUCUCGAAUAUGAGCAAAGGUCUUCCUUUGCAGGUGAUAUGGCGAGGGCUGGAGCCAGAGUUAGUAGGGGGUUAGGUGGCAUCUCUGAGCUCAUUCGUUUGCUCCAGGUUGCAAACAUGGGAAAGGUGGCAGCUCAGGCAGCUAGGGCAGUGCGUGUGGCUGAGGUAGCAACGGCGGCUUUCUCUGCGUUUUUUCUGGCUGUAGAUAUUUUCUUCAUUGCUAUGGAUGCCAAAGAGAUCCACCACAUCCGUACGACGAAAGCCUCUUUGACUGAUGAUAUGAGGUAUAAACUGGUCCUACAGUCCCCUGAAGAAACAGACAGCGAUUCUGGUGUUGACCAAGAACCAAAGUCAGAAACUAUGAAGUUUGUUAAAAAGAUCAGAGAGACUGCAGAUGAACUCCAGAAGAGUUUAGAUGAAUUAAAGGAGAUCAUUACAUUCAUUCCUAAACUUCCUGAAAUAGAUACAUAA